CAGGCUGGUAAUGGUAUCAUUUAUCCAGCAUGUCACUGGCUUGUUCACCCACGUGUCACCUCACACAUCACCACGAGGUUGCUGGGUAUGAUCCCUAUUGUGAUAGAACAGACAGGAAGAGGAGAACGUGCCUAUGAUAUUUUCUCUCGUCUCUUGAAGGAGAGAAUCAUUUGCAUCAUGGGCCCGAUAGAUGAUAACAUAUCAAGUUUGGUUAUUGCGCAGCUUCUUUUCCUGCAGUCAGAAAAUACCAAGAAGCCCAUUCACAUGUACAUUAACAGUCCAGGAGGUUGUGUAACGUCUGGUUUGGGAAUCUAUGACACCAUGCAGUACGUACAGCCACCUAUUGCUACAUGGUGUGUGGGUCAAGCGUGUUCCAUGAAAUCUCUUCUGCUAGCUGCUGGUAUUUCCGGGAAUGAGACACUCAUUACCACAGCACGCAUCAUGAUUCACCACCUCAUGGUGGAGCUCACUUUAGGAAUACAGAAGUGUGCCAUCCCUGUGAAGACAGAAGUGUGCCAGACCCAGGGAAAACAGAAGUGUGAAAUCACAGAGAAGUCAGAAGUGUGCCAUCCCAGUGGAGGCAGAAGUGAGCCAUACCAGGGAAGACAGAAGCGAGAAAUCAGAGGGAAGACAGAAUUGUACUGUCCCAGGGAAGACAGGAAAUGA